UGCCAUCCCCGGCUCGCGCGCAGUGUGCGCUCUGCGCCUCCGGCGUCCGCUUCGCCCAGGCUCCGGCCCUUCCGCACCGCGCGCUUCCCCGGGUCCCCCGGUCCCGGUGGCCCUCCACCCCGGGAAAGCAAGCAUGAUUUUGGCCCAGAGGAGGCUCUGCUCCCUUGGCACUAGAGAAAAAUUUCUAAAGAGAAUUUGUUCUUCAAAGCUCCUUGGAUUCUCCACUUCAGCUAAAAUGGCUUUGAAAUUCAAAAAUGCCAGUCGAAUCAAAGGACUUGAUAGCAAUGUAUGGAUUGAAUUUACCAAGUUGGCUGCUGAUCCUUCUGUUGUGAAUCUUGGCCAAGGCCUUCCAGAUAUAUCCCCUCCUACAUAUGUAAAAGAAGAAUUAUCAAAGGUUGCCUUGACUGAUAACUUGAAUCAGUAUACACGGGGCUUUGGUCACCCAUCCCUUGUGAAAGCUCUGUCCAGUUUAUAUGAAAAGUUUUAUCAAAAUAAAAUCAACCCAGAUAAAGAAAUCCUCGUGACGGUUGGAGCCUAUGGCUCCCUUUUUAAUGCCAUCCAAGGAUUAAUUGACCCCGGCGAUGAAGUCAUAAUAAUGGUGCCUUUUUAUGACUGCUAUGAGCCCAUGGUGAGAAUGGCUGGAGCGACACCCGUUUUCAUUCCCCUCAGAUCCAGACAUACAGACGGCACAAAAUGGUCUAGUUCCGACUGGACACUAGACCCUCAAGAACUGGCAAGUAAAUUUAAUUCCAAAACCAAAGCCAUUAUACUGAACACCCCACAUAACCCCAUUGGCAAGGUGUACUCCGAAGAGGAGCUGCGGCUCAUCGCUGACCUCUGCAUCAAACACGACACGCUCUGCAUCAGUGACGAGGUGUACGAGUGGCUUGUGUACACCGGAAACAAGCACGUAAAAAUAGCCACCUUCCCAGGUAUGUGGGACAGAACAGUUACAAUAGGAAGUGCUGGCAAGACCUAUAGUGUAACCGGCUGGAAGCUUGGUUGGUCCAUUGGUCCCAAUCAUCUGAUAAAACAUUUACAGACAGUUCAACAAAACACUGUUUAUACCUGUGCGACUCCAUUACAGGAAGCCUUGGCUCAAGCAUUCUGGAUUGACAUCAAGCGCAUGGGUGACCCAGAGUGUUACUUUAAUUCUUUGCCAAAAGAAUUGGAAGCUAAGAGAGACCGGAUGGUGGAUUUGCUAGAAAGUGUCGGCCUGAGACCCAUCGUGCCCGAUGGGGGGUACUUCAUCAUUGCCAACGUGUCUUCACUAGAUGCUGACCUCUCUGAUAUGAAGAGCGAUGACCCUUAUGACUAUAAGUUUGUGAAAUGGAUGACAAAAAAUAAGAAACUGUCAGCCAUCCCCGUGUCUGCUUUCUGUAACUCUGAGACAAAGGCGCAAUUUGAAAAGUUUGUGCGGUUUUGCUUCAUUAAAAAAGACAGCACGCUUGACGCGGCGGAGGAGAUCAUCAAGGCAUGGAGCAGACAGAAGUCUUGACUGUACUUGCAGGCCAAAUGUUUCCCCUGAGCACGGGCCUGCCGCUCAGUGCCGCCACCUACUGGAUGCUGAAAGAAACAACUCUCGUGACAAAUAAAUUUGAGUAAAUCA